ACAGAGCUCUGUCCUCUUAGUCCAGAUCCCAGCAGCGUCGACAGCCAUGGAGAAGCUACUAUGGUGUUUUCUGAUCACGAUCAGCUUCUCUCAGGCUUUUGGUCAUGAAGACAUGUCUAAACAGGCCUUCGUAUUUCCCGGAGUGUCAGCUACUGCCUAUGUGUCCCUGGAAGCAGAGUCCAAGAAGCCACUGGAAGCCUUCACUGUGUGUCUCUAUGCCCACGCUGAUGUGAGCCGAAGCUUCAGCAUCUUCUCUUACGCUACCAAGACGAGCUUUAACGAGAUUCUUCUAUUUUGGACUAGGGGUCAAGGGUUUAGUAUUGCAGUAGGUGGGCCUGAAGUACUGUUCAGUGCUUCAGAAAUUCCUGAGGUACCAACACACAUCUGUGCCACCUGGGAGUCCGCUACAGGAAUUGUAGAGCUUUGGCUUGACGGGAAACCCAGGGUGCGGAAAAGUCUGCAGAAGGGCUACACUGUGGGGACAAAUGCAAGCAUCAUUUUGGGGCAGGAACAGGACUCGUAUGGCGGUGGCUUUGACGCGAAUCAGUCUUUGGUGGGAGACAUUGGAGAUGUGAACAUGUGGGACUUUGUGUUAUCUCCAGAACAGAUCAACGCAGUCUAUGUUGGUAGGGUAUUCAGCCCCAAUGUUUUGAACUGGCGGGCACUGCAGUAUGAAACACACGGUGAUGUGUUUAUCAAGCCGCAGCUGUGGCCCUUGACCGACUGUUGUGAGUCCUGAGGCACCUCCUGGGAUUACAUUCUCUCUCUCGUCCCUCCUUAUGAACCUUUUAACCCCAGCAGAUGUUGUAGGUCUGUUUUGUGAAUAUGGCCUUUCACUUCUCUGCUCUGUGGUCCUCAGCACUAGAGCAUGGAAUUUAAAUGUAAGGCUUCUGGCAUAUGCAUUCCACUACUCUUUAUCAAAGAGAACCUGACUUACCCACGGUGUGUGUAUGUGUAUUUAAUUAAAAAAUUUUUAGACAUAAUCCUUCUCCCUCACACAGAUGAGAAACCAGAUGCACAGAAAGGAGAAUAAUUUUUUAUUGUUUUUGUUUCAGAAUGUCAUAUUGAAUGGUGUACUUAUAUCCUUUCUAUCCCUCCCUCUUCAAAUCCUCUACUAUCCCCCCCAAUUCUCCCUCGAAUUCAUGAUGUCUUAUUAUUAGCCUUAUAUGCACAUACACAUCCAUCCAUCUAUCUAUCUAUCUAUCUAUCUAUCUAUCUAUCUAUCUAUCUAUCUAUCUAUCAUCUAUCAGUAAUCCAUCUUACUGAUUACAUUUAGUGUUUCUUGUAUUUUGUUGAAGACUUGAGACUGGAUAAUCUAUCAGGAGGUCUAUCCCUGAAGAAAACGGAUUGUCCUUUUCUCAGCAGCUGAUUACCUCUAGCUCUUCAUAUAUGGGUGUGGCUUUGUGAAAUUUUUCUGUCCAUGUUGCAUGUCAACUGGAAUCAUUAUGCAAGUCUUUUUUGGGCAACCCAGAAUGAUGGAGCACUGACUACACUGUGCUCAGAAUCAGUUCUUUUCUGGAAUAAAACCUGUACUUGAACUUUCCAGGUUCAUGAAUCAAUAAAGUUACCUUUGGCUUGAAC